GCACUUUUGACAUUUGAACUUUUUUCUUAUAAAUGUUUACCAUCUUCUGCAUUCAGAAGAGUAUUAGCAACAAAUUGUUUUAAUCAGCCACAACGGCUCGUUGCACGUAAAGUUUCAUUAUUAAAGACAUGAAGUAAUGGACCAAACAUCAAACGGUCAAACGGGUUCCAUCGAAAAAGUAUGGUUCAAGAGUGAACCUGCGGACGACGAGCCAAAUGGAUAUUUCUACAUAAAAACUGAAGAUGGAGUUGACAUCGUCGAAGGAAAGCCACCACCGGAAAUAUCAGUCCCAGACGAAGAAUCAUCGAAUGUCCCCAUCAAAUCCGAAAUUACAUUUGACGUUUUUGAAUGCAUGCCAGCGUCGGACGUGCUUGAAAUCACGAACGAUGCAGAGCCAGAGUUCAUUGACACACUCGGCGCAAAGGAGACCGCUGCCAGAUUGGACGUCAAGAGAUCGGAACAAAUGGACACCGGUAGGAGUUCGUUCAGUUGCGACGAAUGCGGAAAAGAAUUCAACAUGAAAGGUAGCCUCAACAGACACAAAAUGUUCCAUCUGGGACUGAAACCGUUUGAGUGCGACUAUUGCGGCAUGAGAUUCGCCCAAAAGUGUCACAUGAAACAACACCAGCUGACGCACCAAGGUGAUAACAUGAUGCCGUGCGAUAAAUGUGGAGUCAGUUUUGCGUCGAUGCGUAUUCUUCAGUUACAUCAACGGACACACAUGAAAACAACGAAUUCGGAUUCGUUCGCUUGCGAGGUAUGCGGAAAAGAAUUCAACCGAAGAUAUCACCUCACCAGACACGAACGGUCCCAUUCAGGUGAGAAACCGUUUGAGUGCGACGAAUGUGGGCUCAGAUUCGCCCAGAAGUGUCACAUGAAGCAGCACCGACUAACACACAAUGGCGAUAAAGUGGUCCAGUGCAAUGAGUGUGGGAUCAAUUUUAUGUCGAUUCGCAGUUUGAGGAAACAUCAGUGGACACACUUGGAUGUAGGAUCCGUUGCCGAAAAUCAAUCGAAUGUUGAUACAGGUGGCCAAGUUGAUCAGCACAAUGCUGGUGAGAAAGUUUUUUCCUGUAACCUGUGUGGAAGAAGCUUCAGCCGACGAUAUUAUCUGUUCGUGCACCAGCGACGUGACCAUUCCGGCUAUUUGCCCUUCAGUUGUGACAUUUGUGAAAAGAAAUUCGUCGACCAGAAAACACUUACGCGACACGUGCUUUGCCAUUCAAGUGAUAAAUCUUUCGGCUGCGACAAAUGUGGUAUGAAGUUUAGACUGGAGACCUACCUAAAGAAACACAUGAGAACGCACUCGGACCAAACAAGUUUCAGUUGUGACCUAUGCGAAGCAAUUUUUUCACGAAACUCUAGUCUAAUGAAGCAUCAGCGGUCGCACAUCGGUGGUGAAAAAGAGUUUAUUUGUGACGAAUGUGGAAAAUCGUUUGCUAAGAAGAUCAAUCUAAAGCAACACAAGGACCGCCAUGCCACCGAUAAGCCUUUUAUCUGUGACGAAUGUGGCGCCAGGUUCGCCCUGAAAGUUUAUUUAAAAUCACACUUACGGACGCACAGCGACUUCAAGCCGUUUAGUUGCGACGAAUGCGGAUCAAGAUUCACCCAAAAAUCGGGACUCACUGCCCACAAACUGUCCCAUACCGGACUUAAACCCUUCGCAUGCGAUGAAUGCGGAAAGAAAUUCGCCCGGAAAGCGGAGGUACGAUCGCAUAAGCUGACGCACAGUGGCGACAGGCGUUUUCCAUGUGAUCAAUGCGACAUGCGAUUCACCAAGAAUUGCCACCUUCAAGAUCACAAAAUUCAGCAUACCGGUGAACGACCCUUUCCGUGCGACCAAUGUGACAUGAGAUUUACCAUGAAAUUUUACCUCAAAACACACAAACUCAAGCAUAUCGGCGUUAAGCCCUUUGUGUGUACCGAGUGUCCCAAGGCGUUUUAUACCAGAUCUCAUCUCAACCAACACAAGCGGGUACACACUAGGAGUGAUGCACCGAAAGGAUCGGCAAAACCGAAAGCAGGUGGCAGUACUCGUCAGAAAAUCUCGUUCGGAUGGCCCACAUCAAAUAAUGAUGAUCAGCCGCUUACGGUGACCAACAGCAAUAUCAAAUUUGUGUUUGAAGGAGAAGUUAAGGAGAAACCUGAGAUCAAAAUUCAACUGGAGGCACACAUUGACCAAAGCUCUGUCGUUUCCCAUGUCAAAGAUGAGGCAAAAGCAAUAGUAAAAUCAGAGGAAGAAAAUCCUUUUCCACUACAACUUAUAGAGCAGACAGCUAUCGAAUCUGACCAUCCCACCAAUGUCACCGAAGACCUACCGGAUAUCGACAAAUUCCGUACGACAUCCAACCGGAGGUCAAAAGAAAAGCCAUUCUCCUGCACUGAUUGCGGAGCAAAAUUUACUACCGAAAGGCAUUUAAAACUUCACCAACGGACGCACAAUGGUGAAAAUCAAUUUGUCUGUGACGAGUGUGGAAAAUCGUUCAAUCGUCGGUAUUCUCUCACCAUACAUAAGCAAAAUGCCCACGACGGUAUUAAGCCGUACGGUUGUGACAUUUGCAGGAUGCAAUUUUCGCAAAAGUGUGACGUACGAAGGCACAUGAAAAACCACCAAGGCGACAAACACUUCGAUUGUGACGAAUGUCAUACGAAAUAUUCGACAAUUACGUUAUUGAAGCAGCACCAAACUCGCUUUCACAAGCCAUAGAGGGUUAGAGG